CUUGUAAAUAAAUCAAAACUUUUAUUCACAAUAAAUAAUGUUACACUUUUUAAUAUACCAUGUGCAUAAUUUCUUGUGAUGCAAUUGAAAAAACUUAAAUAGUGUCAAGAAUAGGGGUUUUUGUUUAUUAUUAAUACAUGGACAAAAUGGGCGCUUUACCAAGCCACAUUGGAAAUGAGGAUAAUGCAGGACAAAGUAGUUCGAGCGCACCAUGGAAUUCACCUGUAUUUAAAUUUCCAACUACUUCACAAGACGAAGACGAAGACAGCUCCAAGGAGGAAAAGCAGGAGUUUUCCGAUAAGCUAUCAAGAGAACGCAAGCUAAAGAUUUUUCAAAAAAAGCUUUUAGAGAAACGAAAGCUACGCCAUGAGAUUAUAGCCAAAAAGUCCGACGAAAUGAACAAAUUGCGGAAAUUAGUGAAUGAUUUGACUAAUAAAGUGGAAGUGCUUGAAAAUGAAAAUCAACAGUUGCGAAUGGGAAAUGCCACUCAAGUUGAAACUAAACGAGAGGAUGUGAAUAAUUCCGAAGAAAAUGCAUCGAAAAUGGCGCAGACAAUGGAAAUGCUUGAAAAUGCCAAUGAAGAAUUGCAGUUGGUCACAGUGGAACGUGACGCAUUGAAAAGUCAGAUAGAAGGAUACAGAAAAGUUACGAAGUGUACUAAGGACAUGCUGCAGAUAAGGGACGAACAAUUGGCCCAGUUGAAAGCAAAAUUGGCGCUAAUCGAGUCAUCAGUAGCAAAUUUUGAACAGGAAUCAACGGUUGCAACCAUUGAACAUGAGUGCCUCACCAAUUUGAAAAGCGAGUAUGAAAAGCAGUUAGAAAAUAUGAGGGAAUUGAAAAUACUGUAUGAAAAACGCUCAAAAGUAUUUGCAUAUAAAGAAAUAAAAUUCGAUACUAAAAUGGCUGAAUAUAAAGUUCUGCUGGAAGACCAGACAGUAAGCGUACUUAUUGAUUGA